AUGACGGACAACACUAUCUCAUGCCCUUUUUGUCCUUUCGCAGACUCUGAUACUGAUUUCGUGUCACAACAUAUCGAAUUCUGCCAUCCAGAAACUAGGGAAACUAGUCUCCUGCAGGAUAAUUCGCAAGAUCUCACCGGUCAAAACUCGGCCCUUUGGCCAGCGGACGAGGAUAGUGCAGACAAAUAUGGCUAUGAGGAUGAUCGGUCAUUUGAUGAUGAAGAUUCCCUCGAUAUGCUCGACUCUUACAAAGGAGGCAAACGAGGGAUGCAGCGAGACUCCACGCGAGUAAACACCGCGAAGCCACCACGGCCUCACAGUCCCCCAAGGACAACCAAUGCCGAUGGCAUAAAGAGAUUAGGGCGCUCGGAGUUGGGUCCUUAUGCACACGAGAAGAAAAUGCCAUCAUGGCUAAAGAAAAUGCUAGAAAGCAGCGACAAAUUAAAACGACGCGAGACAGUAGAAAAUGAGACUGACCAUCUGAUUCCUGUUCUUGCUCGACUAUGCGAACAGGACAAAUCUGUCCAGCGGGCAUUCUUCUGCAGCCCCAAAGUCCGCCAUAUCUGCAAAAUGCGUCGGGAAGGCGGGUUCUGUGGUUAUCGUAAUAUUCAAAUGAUGGUUUCCUGGUUGAUAAAGUCUCGUGGCUUUGGCCAUAAGCACUUCCCAAAGGAGCCAACGAUUCUUGACUUGCAGGAUAUGAUUGAAUCGGCCUGGGAUAUGGGGUUCAAUAGUUCCGGAAGAGUUGAGACGGGUGGUAUCAAAGGUACACGCAAGUUUAUUGGGACACCCGAGGCGCAAGCACUUUUUAUGAGCCUAGAAAUUCCAUGUGAAGCUAGGAGUCUGUCUGAAAGAAACGGUGUACGGGCCCAUGAUGCUCUUUACAUUGAUGUUGCCGAUUACUUCCGGUCAGCAUGCUCACCAGAAGACGACUCGAAGAUCCUCCAGACUGAUCUCCCUCCGAUAUACUUCCAACAUCAAGGUCAUUCUAUGACAAUUGUCGGAUUUGAAAUACGGGAAAACGGCAGCGCAAAUCUGCUAGUAUUCGAUCCUAUGUUCAAGACUUCCCCAGCAAUGGAGCGUCUGAUCAGGGCCUUUGUCGAGCCCUCGGAUCCCACUCGCCUUCUCAAAGCAUAUCGCAGAGGGACGCCUUAUCUGCAAAAGUACAAGAUAUUUGAGCUUCUCAAGUGA